AUGUCAGCCCCACCCUUCGCCAUCAACCACCGCCUGUGCUUGGGGGUCUACGCGGGUACCUUCACCUUGGGGUUACCCCUCAACGUGGCAGCCUUGGUGACCUUGGUGAUGGUGGCCCGACGGCGGCGUUUGCUCCCUGCUGACAUCCUUCUCCUCAACCUGACCAUCGCUGACCUAGCCUUGGUGGUCUCCUUACCCAUCCGCAUGGCCGAAGCGGUGUGGGAAACCACAUGGAAGCUUCCACCAUCUUUGUGUCCACUCUUUGUCUUCCUCUUCUUCACCAGCAUCUACCUGACCAUCCUCUCCCUCACCGCCCUCAGCGUUGACCGUUACCUCAGUGCCGCUUUCCCCAUCCAAUAUGGCCGACGGCGCCGGGCAACUCACGCCACCGUAGCCGCCGUCACCUUCUGGGUGGUCGCUUUGGCUCAUUGUAGCGUGGUCUAUGUUGGCCAACCCAACGCGGCGGUCAACGGCACGGCCUGCUACACCCGCUUCGCUGCUCCUCAACUGACCCUAUUGUUGGCUCUUCGCUUGGAGAUCUUCUUGGUGCUCUUCUGCCUCCCUUUGGUCAUCACCACCUUCUGCUACGGCCGCUUGGUCUGUAUCGUGGUCGCUCUCCCCACCGCGGCACCGAGUAGAAGGCGCCGAGCGGUGGCCUUGGCGUUGACCACAGCUGUGGCUUUUGUCCUCUGCUUUGCCCCCUUCAACGUCUCCCACGUGGUGGGGUAUCUACGGCAGGAGAACCCACCGUGGAGAGCCUACGCCGUGCUGCUCACCACGCUCAGCGCUUGCCUUGAUCCUCUCAUCUUCUGCUUCUCCUCUGCUGCCUUGAGACAGGGUCUCCAGCAGGUUUGGGAUGUGGUGGGACUUGGUUGGAUCUGUGGUAGAUGCCGGAUGCUGGUGGAGCAACGUGAGAGUCCAUCUGAGGCGGUUGGACGUGGUGGAUCUGGAGCAUCUUCACAUCAACGGGUGGAUGAUGUUGAACUGGUGACAUCUUGGGAGCUUCAGACUUAA